UGGAGACCGGGCUAACGGCAGACCUUUGAUCGCUGAGGGGAGAUGGAGCAAAGUUUGACCAAUCGACGGGAAGUAUCCCUCAAAUCCCGUUAAAACAGAAAUCUACAGACAUUUCCCGUGAUCGUAAAACGAUUAAUUGUAGCCACAUGAAGUAGUUAAUGGCAGCAUAAUGAAGGCUCAACUACAGAUAACUGUUCUGUCCGCCAAGCUGCGGGAGAAUAAGAAGAACUGGUUUAGGCCCAGUCCUUACGUGGAGGUGUGUGUGGACGGCCAGUCCAAGAAGACGGAGAAAUGUACCAACACACACAGCCCCAAAUGGAAGCAAUCUCUCACUGUGAUCGUCACCCCUUUCAGCAAGUUAAUUUUCCGGGUUUGGAGCCAUCAGACACUUAAAGCGGACAUUUUCCUUGGAAUGGCAACUUUAGAAGUCAGCGAGACGCUGAAAGCCAACAAUAUGAAGAUUUGUGAGGUUGUGCAGACGAUUCAGUUGAGGUCAGACAGAGAGAGGUCAGAGGUCAUUGGAGAUCUCUCUGUGUGUUUGGAUGGACUGCAGGUGGAUCCAGAGAUUUUUGCUUCAGAGGAACAAAAACAGAAUGCUGUUGUAAAUGAAGAAUCCAAACAUAAUGGAGACGUAGCAGGAAGUCGAGACUCCUCCCCAUCCAGUGACAUCACUGAUGAUGCGUCACUGCCCAAUGGUCAUGCAGUCGGAAGUACAGGGUCUGCCUCUCCAUCUGCAGUGGCUCUGAUACACUCAUGCCCACCACGACCCCCACCUCCAUCACCGCAUAAACCUACUUCCUCCACAGCGUCCUCUGCCGGAUCCACUCCCACUCAUGGCAGCAGGGCUCCGAGCCCAGAGACGUCCCAACGGGUGUGUGUGAACGGACAAACUGAGAGUCAGGGGUCAAGCUCGGGGUCAGGAACAGUGUCAGGGUCCAACCAGGAACCCCGGGCCAGCCCAACACCUGCUCUGAUCAGUAACGGCCCUCUUCCUCCAGGUUGGGAACAGAGAGCAGAUCUGAACGGUCGUGUUUACUACGUGGAUCACAUUGAGAAGAGAACCACUUGGGAGAGGCCAGAACCGCUACCACCAGGUUGGGAGCGUCGUGUGGAUCCGAUGGGUCGUGUGUACUUUGUGGAUCAUAUAAGCCGAACCACCACAUGGCAAAGACCCACGAUAGAGUCGGUGAGAAACUACGAGGAGUGGCAAAACCAGCGCAGUCAACUGCAGGGAGCCAUGCAGCGCUUCAACCAGAGAUUUAUAUAUGGGCUGCAGGAACAGCUCGCGCCCACAGCUAAUAAAGAGUUUGACCCUCUGGGUCCUCUGCCGCAGGGCUGGGAGAAGAGGACAGACAGUAAUGGCAGAAUGUAUUUUGUUCAUCACACAACGAGAUCCACACAAUGGGAAGACCCUCGCACACAAGGGUUGUUGAAUGAAAAGCCUUUGCCGGAGGGAUGGGAGAUGAGGUUUACUGUCGAUGGGAUUCCAUAUUUCGUCGACCACAACAGGAAAACAACCACAUAUAUUGAUCCCCGUACAGGCAAAUCCUCGCUUGAGAACGGCCCUCAGAUCACAUAUGUGCGAGACUUCAAAGCCAAAGUUCACUACUUCCGCUUCUGGUGUCAGCAACUAGCAAUGCCUCAGCACAUUAAAAUCCACGUCAGUCGCAAAACACUGUUCGAAGACUCAUUUCAGCAGAUCAUGAGUUGCCAUCCACAAGACCUGAGACGGAGACUGUGGGUGAUAUUCCCAGGAGAGGAGGGGCUUGACUAUGGAGGUGUAGCCAGGGAAUGGUUCUUCCUGCUGUCUCACGAGGUGUUGAACCCCAUGUACUGUCUGUUCGAGUAUGCUGGCAAAGACAACUACUGCCUGCAGAUUAACCCAGCCUCCUUCAUCAACCCUGACCACCUCAAAUACUUCAAGUUCAUUGGCCGAUUCAUCGCUAUGGCUUUGUUUCACGGGAAGUUCAUCGACACUGGCUUCUCUCUGCCCUUUUAUAAAAGGAUCCUGAACAAACCUCUGGCUCUCAAAGACCUGGAGUCCAUCGACCCUGAGUUCUACAACUCUCUCAUGUGGAUCAAGGAUAAUGACUUAGAGGAAUGUGGUUUGGAAAUGUUUUUCUCUGUGGAUAAGGAGAUUCUGGGUGAGGUCACCACCCACGAACUCAAGCCUGAUGGAGGAAACAUUCAAGUAACUGAAGAAAAUAAAGAGGAGUAUAUCAGGUUGGUUGCUGAGUGGAGGUUAUCUAGAGGGGUCGAGGAACAGACUCAAGCAUUUCUCGAGGGCUUUAAUGAAGUCUUACCGCAGCAGUACCUGCAGUACUUUGAUGCUAAAGAACUAGAGGUGAUGUUGUGUGGGAUGCAGGAGAUUGAUCUCGGGGACUGGCAGAGAAACGCCAUCUACAGACAUUACGCCCGCAGCAGUAAACAGAUUGUCUGGUUCUGGCAGUUUGUAAAGGAGAUUGACAAUGAAAAGCGCAUGCGUUUGCUGCAGUUUGUGACCGGCACAUGCAGACUUCCUGUAGGGGGAUUCGCUGACCUCAUGGGGAGCAAUGGGCCACAGAAAUUUUGUAUUGAGAAAGUGGGCAAAGAAAACUGGCUGCCGAGAAGCCACACAUGCUUUAACCGUCUGGAUUUGCCGCCCUAUAAAAGCUACGAGCAGUUAAAGGAGAAACUGCUGUUUGCCAUCGAGGAAACCGAAGGCUUCGGUCAAGAGUGAUGCAUGCACACAACAGUUUCCCAGAUUUCACAGUCGUACCAAAAGCUGCUGCAACUUCAAACCUGAAAGAGGGAUGAACAUUGCUUUGUGAGAAGGAAAGAGCGAUGAUGAUGUCAUAAUCUGUCGGCUACUGCUUCCAUCUUCCAUUUAUCUUGCAAUCCACUUCCUUUCUCAUGUUAAUGCUGCCUUAGUCCAUAAUUAAUGCACAGGAACGCCGCUCACCUCGACUCUAUGCAGACUGUGUGAUCCUCAUGUAAUGUAAUGAUGACUGCGGCCCAUCUCUACUGCAAUAAUGUACAUGCAACAUUUAACUCUGAGUUUGCAUGCUCUCCUCUGGCAUGUGGAAAUGUAAAGAUGCGGCCUCCAUUUCCUGAGAAACCUGGAAUUAAGUCACAAUUUCAUUAGGAUUUUAUUGCCAAUGGAGAUCUGUGCUGUACUGGAAAUUAGCCAUUGUAAGAAAUUACGUUUUAUUAGUGAAACAUCAGCUAUUAGGAUGAAUCUCCGGAUACCUGUCAAGAACAUAUAUGGUUCAUAUUUCACCCCCAAAUCAAAUGAAAUAAUUACAAUUUUGCUAUAAACGAUUUUAAGGACCAAUAUGAUUUUUUGCAUUGAUGCAUACUGUCAAUACAAGUCAAGCUCAAUCAACAACAUAUGCAGCAUGAUGUUAAUUUACCACAGAAAUGUAUUUCAACCGCCUACUUUCGUCCCCGUUUAUUAAACAUCAGAGGCACUUACAAUGGAAGUGAAUGGGACUGAUCCGUAAACAUUAUACAUAUUAACAUGACUAACGUUAUCGGUGUAAACUUGCAUCCAAUACCAGGAUUGCGAGGUUUUGUUGUCAUGACAACGAAGUAAAUAACUUUAAACAGACAUGGUUAGUAAGUAUUUUCAUCACACCAAAUUCGUGUUAGCGCGUAAAUGUCGACUGUACUUUUGAAAAAAGCGUGUAUUUUAGCAGUUAAAUUAUAUUAAAGUGUAAAAAUCAUUAUUAUGAAUUGUAAAGUGUUUAUGCAUCAUGGUAGAAUUUGUUGUGCUGACUUUAAUGUGUGCUGAUUUCAAGUUUAAAUAACAUUUCAACAUCGUAAUGGGCCUAAAUUGUUCAUUUUCUCCAAGAAAAAAAACAUGUAUACAUUUUAUUUGAUUUCUUUAAAAUUUAAAAUUAUACAUUUCUUCUGAUUUUGGGGUGAAAUAUGACAGGUUUCGUGACAUGCAUCCAUUAAACAUUUGUUCUGAAAUAGGAAUCAUGCCCACAGUGUGUGUGUGUGUAUAUAGGUUUAGGGGUCUCAGAAAACAGUACCUUUAAUGUCCCAUGUUGUCAUUGUUCUGCACUGACAUCAGAUAUUAAUCUUCCCACCAAUCUGAACUCACAAACCACAUGCUUACUAGAGAGUGUGUGUUUAGUGUCAUCAAAUUUGCAGACAGAAAUCUCAAUCCUUGCAGGCAGAUUUUGUACUUAAAGAAAUGUAGUUCAAUAAAAUCACAAAUCAGCAGCAGGCAUGCAUAUAAGAGAUGCGCUUUAUAUAGACGAUAAAAAAAAAAACGAAUGACGUGUAUGUGUGUUGUAGUGUUUUUAAAUUAUUUGUUAACAACUUCACUUUUUUCCCUCCAAGGAUUCAGCCCUAAAAUGAUACAAACCGAGUCGAUUUAGACAUAUGAUUUUAACCCACACAAACAGCUGAGCACAGACAGACUCCUCAGAGACUGGGAUUUGAUUUGUCCUCCAAAUGAGUACAUAUCAAACUGAAUUGAAGUGACUGGUGACUUAAAGUCUGUUAUUGUAAAGUACAGUCGAUUGUGUGUCAGCAUUGCUACAGGGCACUUUAUUGUAGGGCUGAUGAAAUGUAAAAUAAACCAAUAGAUUGAUAAAGGUCCAUAUUGACUGUGGACUGUCUCCAGCCCCAUGUCUAAAGUUAUGUGUUGUGUCUUAAAACAUUUCAUAGCUAUGAAUAUGUAAAGGCCAGAAGAAUGGUUUACCUCUUAAUUUUCUUAACAGUGUAAAUCAUGUAACAAUUAGCCUGUGAUCUAUAACAUAUUAACAUUGAAUAGGCUGGUUUUAAUCAUUUGGAUUAUAUUUAUUUUUUCUUAAGUGAACGUGUACAGUUGGGUGAUUGAUAUAAAGAUUCCAAUUUAUUCUCAGCUGAGGAAAUAAAAAAAAUAAGA